AUGGACGCCUCCUCCCUCCGCAUCUCCAAGUUCGAUGGAACUAACUUCCACGCCUGGAAGUUCAAGAUGCAGAUGGUGCUGGAGGAACGGGACCUAUGGGAGGUCGUCAGCGGUGAGAUCAAGGCGGAACAGUGCGAGACUCAGUUGGACCAAGCGACGUACAAGAGGAAGUCAAGAAAGGCGAUGGCAGUGAUCUGUCUAGCCAUGGAAGAUUCCCAGCUACCGUUGGUCCGGUCGGCAAGUGGUGCAUGCGACGCAUGGUCAAGGUUGGAAGACCACUUCGAGAAGAAGAGUCUUGCCAACAAGCUGUUCUUGCGCCGUCGCUUCUUCACGACAAUGAUGGAAGAAGGCGACGAUGUGCUCGAACACAUCAACAAGCUCAAGACGCUGGCGGAACAGCUAGAAGCGGUGGGGGCUCCAGUCUGCGAGGACGAUCUGGUGAUCACACUCCUCGGCAGCCUGAGUGACUCGUAUCAAUUCUUGAUCACAGCUUUGGAGUCGCGCUCAGACACUCUUAGCUGGGAGCUCGUGACGUCUCGACUGCUUCAUGAAGAAAUGAAGCGGAAGGAGCAAGGAAGUAAAGGUGAUGAAGCUUCGCAAGGUCAAGCGUUCAUCACAAGGGACAAUCAGCGCAAAGGGCGACCAGUGAAGAAGUCCUGGCCGUGCCACAAUUGCGGAAAGAUUGGUCACUGGAUGGCGGAGUGCCCCUCGCGCAUCCAAGAAAACACGGAGAGACACCGGCCACAGCGUGCUCAAGACAGCGGCGACCGCUAUCGAUCACAACGUGCAAACGUCGCUCAAGAAGAAGACUCGGGCGACUACCUCUUUUCGAUCGGUGAAACGACAUCUGCGAAAUCGAGCGACAUCUGGCUGGUCGACUCCGGGGCGACGCAGCACAUGACGUGCUCCAAGAAGUUCAUGCGGAACUACAAGGGGUUUGACGCUGUGGAUGUCCAUCUCGCGGAUGAUGGAAUCGUCCAAGCAAUCGGCAGUGGGGACAUUGUCAUGUCGAUGAAGACACCCCAAGGGAUGAAGAAAGGUGUGCUCACAAACGUGUGGCACAUCCCAAAGUUAUCCAGAAACCUGUUCUCGGUCGGCCGCUUCACCAAGGAUGUCGGCCCAGUGACGUUCACGAAGGAUGGGUGCUAUGGAGAAGCGAAAGGGACCAAGUGGAAAAUUGGUGCCCGUGAAGGUAAAGAACUGUUCAAGCUGCAAAUGACUCCAGUGGCGCCGGAACAAGCAAAUGCAGCCAAGUCGUCGGGAUGUCAAGGGGGCACCAAGUCGUACCUCUGGCACCUUCGGCUUGGCCACAUAGGUCACGAUGGACUCAAUUGCAUCGUGACGAAGAACAUUGGAAUUGGCAUCGACAUAUCUUCGGUGAAGAAGUGGGACGUGUGUGAAGGUUGUGCUCUGGGAAAACAGACUCGAGUGCGCUUCCAAUCAAACACUACAGCUCGCACCUCCAAACUCCUCGAAGUGAUUCACAGCGACGUAUGCGGACCGAUGUCGAUGGCAACUUUCAGUGGAAAACGGUACUUCGUGACAUUCAUCGAUGACAAGUCAAGAUACUGUGUCGUCUAUCUGCUCAAGAGCAAAUCUGAAGUUGCGGCGAAGUUCAUGGAAUACGCUGCGAUGGCCGAAACGCAAACCGGAAAGCGCGUGAAGUACCUUCAAAGCGACAAUGGGGGGUGA